ACCCCGUUCCCCUCCACCUCAGCCACGGCAAUUCCCCAGUUACACCUUGAAAACUCCAGCUGGUUUCAGAACUUCGAUUAGAGCUAGUAAAUGCUUAGGGCGCGGGACCUCCAAUUCGUUGGCUACUACUAACUCGUUUAGUGCGGCAAAUUUCUGCUAGCGUACAGCACGUCUGGUAGACGGCUUAGCAUUAGACUCGCCAUUGAUUAGCGAAGGUUCGAGCUAAGCUCUUCGGGAAAGAUGUUAUUGCAGGCUCCGUUCGACUCGUUUAAGUUAUUUGGUCGCUGUACCCGACGACUCCAUUAGUAAUAGGCUCGUCCCGGAGCAACGUGCAUAUAUUGUGUAUUACAAACGCUUUAGGUUAGAAUACAGUUCUUUAAGUUUAUCUGUUGCAACGAUAUAUCGCACGCCCCCCCGCUCCCCUCGCUCUGCCCUCGUGCGUCAUGGGAAACUGCUUCUCCUCGCCCCCCCCGUCGCCCAGGAAACCUCCGCCGCGUCCGCAGCCGCCGCCGCCGCAGCCGAGAGGCCCUCCUCCCCCUGCCCGCCCAAUUCCCAACGGCCACCCGCCUCCCGCACCGUCGCCCGCACCGCCGCACGCGGCGCAGCCCGCACCACCGAGACAACCAGCGCCCCCUCCCCCUCCAGCCCAUGGGGGCGGGUAUCCGACACGCAAGUCGAUAGCAGCGGGCGUGGUGUCGCAGUACAACUACCAGGAGGUGCAGGCAGCCACCAACUCGUUUGCCACGGAGAUCGGGCGGGGGGGCUUUGGAGUGGUGUUCCAUGGGCGGCUGGCGGACCCCGGGGGAGGCAGGCCAUACGAGGUGGCUGUUAAGCUAAUGGCUGAAGACCACAUCACGAAUGGCAUCGACAGCUUCAUUACGGAGGUGGGUGUGAUGGCGCGGGUGCAUCACCCCAACAUCCUGCGCCUGGAGGGCUAUGUGGUGGGCGCCACGCCCAUCCUCAUCUACGAAUACGUGCCCAUGGGGGACACCGGCAGCUACCUCGCCAAAGCUGCCAAGGGCGAGGUGUCGUUCCCCUGGAAGCAGCGGCUGCAGGUGGCGCUGGGGUGUGCGGAGGCCCUUACGACCAUCCAUGCCAACAACUUUGUGCACCGCGACUUCAAGGCGACCAACGUGCUACUCAGAGAGGACCUAACUCCCGUGGUGGCUGAUUUCGGGUUGGCUCGAGCGGUGGACGACUGGAAGACGCACGUGCAGACGCGGGUGAUGGGGUCGGUGGGGUACAUCGACCCCAUCUACUUCGACUCAGGCAUGUUGAGUCGCAAGUCCGACACCUAUGCCUUCGGCAUCUUUCUUCUCGAGCUGGUGUCCGGGUGCUCCGCCCUGGACGCGCGGUUCAAGGACCUGCGCAAGCUGGUCACCGCGAAGGACUUCCCCGACCCCAACCUCGUGGUGGACCCCCAGCUGCACGGCCAGUGGCAGCUCAAGCAGGUGCUCGUGGCGUUCACACUGGUUAAGUUUGCCAUCUUCUUCGACUGGGAGCACCGGCCGGGCAUGGAUGUGCUUCGUGAUAAGCUGAAGAACCUCAUCAGUGACAUGCCAUAACGCACACGGGCAGUGGCAGCUGCACAGCCAGGGGCAGCUGAAGCAGGGGCUCGUGGCGUUCACACUGGUCACGUUUGCGGCGGUCUUUGAGUGGGAGGACUGGCCAGGCAUGGAUGUGCUGAGAGACAAGCUGAGGAACCUUAUCAAUGGCAUGCUGUGGCACUUAAGGAUCUAGGUUCAGAGUGUUGAGGCGCCUCUAAGGGAGCACCGACCGGGCAUGCAUGGGCGUGCUUCACGAUGAGUUUUGAAGGACCCGACUAGCGACAUGCCAUUGCCGUGAGACACGGAAGUUGCGGAGGAGGGCUGUGCUUUCAUUAAGUGAUGGAGCUGCCGGUUGGUUAGCUGCAUGCUGCUGCCAGAAGGCAGAAAUGCAGUCAUGGUCUCCGCACGGCUGUGUAGGGAGGUGUGGCUACUGCAGGAACAAAGGUGUAACACCCGUGUUGAUUUUCCUGAAUGUAUGUGUAGGAAGGACUAGAGGGUAGUCGGAAGGCAUCCCACUUAUGGCAAGGGCAAUUCACCCCGGCUUUUUUCCAAGUGUGCAGCGAAAUGGACCUGCAACCGCACUGUUGGGCUGAGAAAAGCCUUAGGAUCUUUUGCAGAGACUAAGUCCCAGCUUGUAGAGACUUGAGACUUGGAGUAGUGCAGCGGAAGUUGAGGCACUCUCAUACCAUGUUGGGCUGAGAAAAGCCUUAGGAUCUUUUGCAGAGACUAAGUCCCAGCUUGUAGAGACUUGAGACUUGGAGUAGUGCAGCGGAAGUUGAGGCAGUUGAACCCUUGUACUAGUAUGUGAGAACAAGUGAU